AUGAGCACGAGCUCUCUAGCCAACUGCCUCGAGCCUGGCGGAAGGUCUCUCCUGGACUCCGGUGUGAUGCCCCCCUCUCCCCAGCCUCUCCGGUGUCCGGUGUACGAGAGCAGACUGCUCGGAUCCCCGGGCCAAGAGCUACCAACCCCGGCUAUAGGUCUGGGUGUGUAUGGAGCUGGCUAUGGAAAGAGCCAGGGGUACUAUGGCACCUGCGGAGGCGACGCAACAGCUUUAUAUGCCAGGGGAACAUUGGAGUCCAAAGAUGGAGCGGCUGCGCAUGUGGGGGCCUCUCAAACCCCUGCUUACUAUCCGUACGAUUACGCAUUUGGACAGUAUCCAUAUGACCGAUAUGGGUAUGGGUCAUCAGUGGACAGUGCAGCUGCCCGGAGGAAGAACGCUACCAGGGAGACCACCAGCACUCUGAAGGCCUGGUUGCAGGAACACCAGAAGAACCCGUACCCCACCAAGGGAGAAAAGAUCAUGCUGGCCAUCAUCACCAAGAUGACACUCACACAGGUGUCCACGUGGUUUGCCAAUGCACGGCGGAGGCUGAAGAAGGAGAACAAAGUCACAUGGUCACCACGAGCCAAUAAGAGCUCUGACGAGAGGGGCUGUGAUGAUGACAGCGACAGUGCAGAGGGAUCACAAGAGGAAGAGCCAAUCAAAAGCGAGAUAGAUGUUGAUGAUUCUGUAACAGCGAGGUGUGUGGACCUACAACAGAGUGAUCUGGAGGACUUUGAUCUGCUUGAGUCGGAUGGUUCUGACUGCGACCCUAAACACCAGUUUCACACCAAGGACACCCCAGUACACACACCACCGGACCACCACCACCACCCCAAAGACCCUUCUACCAGCCCACUCAGACAUACCCCAGACACAUCCCGACACGGGAACGAGCGGUUGCCACUGUCAGCAGACUGUCCCAAACACACACCAGAGCACAACCGAACAACCAACUCAUUCUACACUCAACAGGACCUGCAAAGUACAGAGAGCAGCAAACCUAAAAUCUGGUCCAUCGCACAAACUGCUGCUAUCCAACCUGAAUUCCCUGCAUGCAUGCACACAGCCACCCCCAGCGAGUCUCUCUCCCCAGGUGGGUAUCCAACUGAUGUACCCCACCUGAAGGUGGGGGCGGCUGGGCAACAGGACUCGCCGGUGACUACCCUCAGAGAUUGGGUGGACGGGGUCUUCCACGACCCACUGUUCAGACAGAGUUCCUUUAACCCUGUGUUGUCCAAGCCAGCCAUGGACAGGGCAUGGAUUGGGUUAAAUAGACAGGUGAUGGAAGGCAGAACUCUGGGACAACGUUCUGUUGAACAUGUUACCUCGUCUUUGCAGAAUGUAUAGACUUCUUUACAGAGACUUACAGAGACUUACAGAGACUGCUGUAGAAAGGUAUAUGAACUCCCUGUGAUGGCACAUGCUUCCAUGCCUUUUUUUGGUUUAGAAAAGUGUCAAUACAUCCAUGUAGGCUACAUCAGUGUCAGUAAAUAAGUUCUGCAUAAACUUCAAAUUCUUACUACUUUCAGUUUAAGACACAGAUGUAAAUGAGUGGAAAAGAGGGAUUCAAUCCCUUUGGACAGAGAAAAGCAAUGUAGUAGCCUACUCAUUCUUCAGGUAAAAUGAACCCCUCAACAGAUUAGAAAGUGCUGGAUGGUUUGAUCACAAAAACACUGAAAAUAUGUAGUUUUAUGAUGUUGGAGUAUCACAUUAGUCGUUUAUUGGAACUUUGUCAUUCCUACAGCACGGUGGGAAUACCUUAGGGGGAGUAGCCUACUGGCCUACACCGUUUACAGACCUUUUAGAAUAACCAGAUGCAUGAGAGCACCAUUUUUUCUCUUAAACGAAAUAAAGCAUCAUAUAUGUUUUGCUUAUGAUCACAUCUGAUAUGACUAUUUCACACGUGUAUACAUGUUCUUGCACUAAAGUCCGAUUGCAGUUGUUGAGUCACUGAAAUAAACAAUCGUUUUUUGCA